GCGAAUCUAUAGUUUACGAAAACUUAGGAGUAUUUUGCAAAAGUAGAUCCUUUUCAGACUCCAGUCCCAGUAGUCUAGUACUCCAUAUCGUGGGAACAACUUUCUUGGCUUUUCUUUUUUGACACCCAAACCAACUUUUCUUGGUAGAAUCUCUUUCCAUUUUCCCUACUUUUUUUUUUCAUUUAAAAAAAUAAAUAAAUUCUAGAAACAACUAAUCCUCACCAUUUCUCUGUUCUAUAAAUCCCACGCCUUUGCCUCACGAACCUCUUCCCCCUCCCCUCUCUCCCUCUCUCUCAUCAAUCUUUAACACCACUCUGCUGCUUCUAGUUUCCAGUGACUGAGAUUUCUCACCAUUGAAGAAACUGAAGCUCUUCUCUUCUUUUCGAUCCAAAAUCAAGAACCCAGUUGCACCUCAUACUUCUCCACUGUAAAAGAUCAAAUGUUUUGCCCCAAAACAAGCAACCCAUUUCAAGUUUCUCGACAAAUUCCCUCUUUUCCUUCGAAAAAUCCCAAAAAUCCCAACCUUCAGUAGAAUUCUCCUACUUUGCUGGAAUCUUCCAUUAAUUUAUUAAUUUAACCAUAAAUGCUCAAUCCCCUGUUCUUGAUGUUUGAAUUUCAUGUCUCCAAUCAUCAGUGAGCUCUUGCUUUUCGGGUGUAUGAUAAAUUCCACGUACAGACACAGGACCCACCUCGUUCAAUCCUUCUCAGUUGUCUUCCUCUACUGGUUCUAUUACAUUUCAUAAUAACAGUUACCAAUAUAUACAAAUAUAUAGCUGUAUUAGUGUAGUACAAAAUCUGGGUCCUGCUUGGUUUCGAAUAGAUCCCACUUAAAUUAGUAUUAAAAAAAACUAAAAAAUUUGCACGUUUUGAGGUUUAAUUAUAAAUGGGUUCUUCAAGUGGAACAUCAUCGGGAUCAUCUCUGCUUCAGAACUCUGUUUCCGACGAAAACCUUCAUAAACUAAUGGAACAGAGGAAGAGGAAGAGGACCGAGUCGAAUCGGGAAUCGGCGAGGCGGUCCCGGGUGAAGAAACAGAAGCACCUGGACGAUCUGACGGCGGAGGCGGCUCGGCUGACGAGAGAGAACAAUCGGUUGGCGACGGGGGUUGAGUGCACCACUCGGCUCUGUUUGAAAAUUGAGGGCGAAAAUUCGGUUUUGAGAGCUCAGGUGAUUGAGCUUAGCUAUAGGCUGGAGGGUCUGGAGCAGAUCAUUGGUUGCCUGAGUGCUGGGAGUGGUUGUUUUGGUGCCGAGGGGAGUAUGAAUGGGUUUGCUGUUGAUGACCCUCGGAAUUAUUUGUACUGGAAUCAGCCCGUUAUGGCCCCUGCAGGGAUGCUGCAUUAUUGAUGAGAGAGAGAGAGAGAGAGAGAGAGAGAGAGAGAGGAGCUGGACGUGUCGUGCAUAAUUAAGUCAUUUAAAAGUAUUUUUAAUUAUUAGAUUUGCAGAAUUUUCUGGAUUAUUAGUUCUGAACUAUUAGAUUAUAGAGAUGAACGUGUCGGAUAGUGCAUUACACACGUGUAGCGCAUCUCCGAGAAAUGCCCCUCAAGUCCUUUAUCUAAAAUGUUUGUAUCGGUGUGUUGUGGUUUAUUAUCAAUAAUAGUAAAAUCCAGCAAGUCUAUUCCACUA